AUGACACCAACAAUAACAAAGGAGCAAGCUCUUUGUAUGCUCUUCUACGUAGAAUUCAACCCUACCAACGUGGAAAAACUCAAAGACAGAAUCAAGAACAUGGCUGAUAUCGAUAUAUGUUACGAGACUGACCCAUUACGCCCAUUUCUUUUACCGCUCGUCAAAAUGUACUCAGAACCUUACCGCUACAAAAAAUAUACUGAAACUUCUGAAACACUUGAAAAAAUACACCACGUAGACAUGCAACGAAAGCAAGAAAUCCAUCUUAGCUCUGAUCGCCAAAUUGUGCGAUUUAUAAACGAAGUAUAUCUAACAACAGAUCCGCUGAACGACAGAGUAUAUACCAAAAAGCUAGUUUCAAACAAGGACAUCUUAUCUCACGUAUGGCCUUAG